AUGGAUGCGCUCGAAGACAGUGAGGCGCGCCCGCUAUUGUCUGAGAACGCCAGUAUUCACAACACUACAACUUCGAAAAACCGGAAAAGCCGGAAAAGAUUCAUUGUUCUGCUUGUGAGCGCCAUCUUCAUCUUAGCUGCCGAUUUUGGAUCAAAUCUCUCUGUGGCUCCUCAGACUGCGAUCUUUGAACAAAUUAUCUGCCAAAAAUACUCCGAACUUAGUGGCCCACUGAACACGACCCACAUCGCAUCCGAUGCGGUAAAUCCGUGCAAAUCGGAGACAGUGCAAGGCGAACUCGCGCUGAUCCUGGGCUACAAAGAUGGAUUGGAUGUCUUGCCGAGCAUAUGGUCAGCUGUGUUGCCCCUGCGCCUAGUCUGGUUAAGUUCAAUAUGGAAAAUCAUCGGCGGAGGCGAUCAAGUAAUGGCAUCGGUCGCUUGUGUGACGGUUGCAGAUAUUUUCCCCGAAGAAGAGAUGUCGACGGCGCUUUUCAGUCUCAUGUCAUGGGCGCUUGUUGCCGAUAUUCUGGCCUCUCCAACCAGUGCAUACCUAAUGACAUAUGAUCCUUGGAUCCCCUAUAUACUGGGGUUUAUCAUACUGUUGAUCGGAUGCCUUGCAAUUCUAUUUCUCCCGGAAACGCUUGAAGACGCUCAAGCAAAGAAGGCUGAUGCUCAAAGAAGAAGAAGCGAUACAUCAGUAGAGCUGAAUGAGCCUUCCAUUAAAAUGUCAACAUCCCAGCUUUUUGCACGCCACAUUCAUGAAUUCAAAGAAGCGACACAAUUCAUGUGGAAGGAAAGCAAUACUAUGUGGAUGAUUCUCAUUGCAUUUGUCGCCAUGAUCAGUAGACAAAGCACAAAUAUCCUCCUACAAUACGCGUCUAAGAGAUUUAAUUGGAGCCUCGCAAAGGCCAGUCUUUUAAUCUCACUCCGUGGAAGUGUCUGUCUUUUCAGUUUCCUAGUAAUGAUGCCUGUCCUAACCUGGAUGGUGGGCAAAUACUUCAACCUCCACGGCAAACGCCGAGACCUCCUCUUCAGCCAGGGUACAGGAAUACUAUGCAUUAUCGGCUUCCUAGUAGUUGGGCUGGCUCCCAACCCUGAAAUUUUAAUUGGCGGAUUGACCAUUGCGUCACUGGGCUCUGCUUUCGCGAUCAACACCCGCAGCCUGGCCACGUUGCUCGUGAUGCCCGACCACGUCGGCACAUUGUAUUCAGCCAUUGCGAUCUCCCAAUCAAUGGGGACCUUCGUUGCCGGUCCCCUGUUCGCUUACCUGUUCCGAAUCGGAAUGCAUUUUGGUGGAUUCUGGCUGGGUCUACCGUUCCUGCAGGCAAGUGUGUUCUUUUUAAUCGCCACAGCAGCUCUCUGGCGAAUCAAAGUCAACCGGGAACUCCCAGGCAUGAGACAAGUAAGCGCAGAGGAACGCGUGCCCCUGAUGUCUUAA